GUACCCAUUUCGCGCUCACAGCCCUCUUCAUGCUUCUUCGGCUGCUUCCCCUCCAAUUUUUCUAGACUCCUCUCGUUUCGUUGUUCCACCAUCGCAACGCAACUCACCCGCAAAGCAACGCAACCUAACCCAAACUUGUCUUUUGCCUCAUAUUUGUCCAUCCAUUCAUCGUCAAAAUUUCACCCUCUUGUCGGUCGCGGCGUUUGCGAGUUUGGACACAUUUUUCUUCGACUUGUCUUUUUUCCACGUCUCUCUUUUUUUUUUAUUGCCUUGUAUCUUCUUGCUUUCCGGUUUCACCGGCUGACUCGGCCAGGUUUUGCGAAGUGUAUCGAUCUGGUAUCAUAUUUCGGUCGACAAAGUUACCCCCGCAGUUGUUCUGAUUAGCGAUCUUGUCUGCCGCCUUCCUCCUCCCCCACGCGACCCUCCCUUAACUCUACUGCGGGCACCCUCUCGCCAGCAAAUUCUCUCAAAAUGGCAGACCAACACGAGGUCGAUCUCGACUCUAUAAUCGACAGGCUACUCGAGGUGCGAGGCAGCCGACCUGGCAAGCAAGUUCAGCUACUUGAGGCCGAGAUCCGUUAUCUCUGCACCAAGGCUCGUGAGAUCUUCAUCUCUCAGCCCAUCCUCCUCGAACUCGAGGCUCCAAUCAAGAUCUGCGGUGAUAUCCAUGGACAGUACUACGAUCUCCUCCGACUCUUCGAGUACGGUGGCUUCCCUCCUGAGGCCAACUACCUCUUCCUCGGUGACUACGUCGACCGAGGUAAGCAGUCUCUUGAGACCAUUUGCUUGCUCCUUGCCUACAAGAUCAAGUACCCCGAAAACUUCUUCAUCCUCCGAGGUAACCACGAGUGCGCCUCUAUCAACCGAAUCUAUGGCUUCUACGACGAGUGCAAGCGUCGCUACAAUAUCAAGCUGUGGAAAACAUUCACCGAUUGCUUCAACUGCCUUCCUAUCGCCGCUAUCAUCGACGAGAAGAUUUUUACCAUGCACGGUGGCCUCAGCCCUGACCUCAACUCUAUGGAGCAAAUUCGCCGUGUCAUGCGACCUACUGAUAUCCCUGACUGCGGUCUUCUUUGCGAUCUCUUGUGGUCUGAUCCAGAUAAAGAUAUUACUGGCUGGAGCGAAAACGACCGUGGUGUCUCAUUCACAUUCGGUCCGGAUGUUGUCUCGCGCUUCCUUCAGAAACAUGAUAUGGACCUAAUCUGCCGAGCUCACCAGGUUGUUGAGGACGGCUAUGAAUUCUUCUCCAAGCGCCAGCUGGUCACGCUAUUCAGUGCGCCCAACUACUGUGGUGAAUUUGACAAUGCUGGUGCAAUGAUGAGUGUCGACGAGAGCUUGCUGUGUUCUUUUCAGGUGAGAUUUGACAAUGCUUACCAUGGUACAAACAUGCUGAUUAUGCUUUUCCUAGAUCUUGAAACCCGCUGAAAAG